UGGAAAGCAUUUUGCUGUCGCUUUUAACGCGAUUCGUUUGCAGCCAAUGCCGGAAGGGACAUCUCUCACACUGGAGGUGAAUGGGGAUGGUGUGUCACUUGGGAGGAAAGGCAUUUACGCGCACAAUGCAUUGACCCAUUCGAGGAGGAUAAGUGCUGUGUGGGAAUCUGAAACCACCGAGAAACUGUUCACGUUUGCAACCCUUCUUCUGACGGAGGAUGAUCUAUACCAGCAAGCUGACUUAGCGGAAAAUGUUGGCACUGUGAAAAUUCGAAUUUACCGUGCGACGACCCGUCAAAUCCAAUUUACGCCCAAGAGUAUUUCCAUGCCUGGGGACCGCCCCAUACAUGAGAAGAAUAAGAAGGCUGUAUCUCACGCGAUCAGACUCAGCGAGGCGCGCCCGGCCAAACGACACAUGCGUGGGCGGGUCUCUUCAAAACGCGUCCCUGGAACUAUCGUGUAUGAGGUCGACUUCAGAUAUGCCCCAAUCGACUAUUUGCGCGCGCGGGGUAUAGCACCUCAACUAAGGCCCCUCAUCCCCCCUAAACCUGCUCCUCAGCAAACAGGGAAAGUGCACGAGUCGACGAUGAAUCUAGCGACAGAUCCACACCCUCCAAACAGUCGCAAAGGUCUUUCUCUCCAUAAGUGCAAGAAAGCGGAUGCGUUAAAGGCCGAGUUGUUCAGUGAUGAUAGUUUGGACAACCUGACCCCACAAGAACAGGAAAUGUUCGCCAUUCUUAGGAGAAAAGCGAAAGAAGGACGGAAGUCGAAGAAACCUAAACACAGGCAUCGAGGCUCGACUGCUGCUGAAUUGAUCGUCAUUAGCGAUUAA